AUGAUUUCAGCACUGCAAUGGGUCCGCAGGGGUGCUGCCCAGGCUAGGCCCGACAAGUACGACCUGGACGAGAAAGAGUUCAAGCGAAUCAACGAUUAUACAGCCCAGCAUCUUGCGGACGCUAAAGAAGAACUGGAUGCCGCAAAGAAAGCAGAGAGAGUUGCCAAUGGAAUGGAAGUGGAGACCAUCAAAGAAACAAAUCCAGAGCUUUCAGAGUAUAACUUGGACGACUAUGACGAGGAGAAGCCUGAGGGUCAAGAGGCAACGAUUUUCAGUAACUUGAAGGGACUCACGUACUACACAUCCAAUCGGGAGGAUCCAUAUAUUACCUUGAGGGACGAGGAGGACGAGGACGAAGAGGAUGUGUUGAUCCAGCCUACAGACAACCUAUUGUUGGCCGCCAAGACCGAGGACGAUAUUUCACAUUUGGAAGUCUAUCUGUACGACGAAUCAGAGGAAAACGAGGGCAAUAUGUACGUGCACCACGAUAUCAUGCUUCCAGCCUUCCCUCUGUGCCUCGAGUGGCUGGACUUCCGAGUUGGACGCAAGAGCAGCAUGCAGACUCCAGGAAACUAUGUUGCCGUUGGAACGUUUGACCCCGAGAUCGAGAUCUGGGACCUGGACACGAUCGACAAUAUGUACCCGGAUGCCGUUCUGGGAGCACAGGACAAGAGUAAAAAGAAGAAGGGCGCCAAAAAGUCAAAGAAGCCCAACAAUGAAUACCACACGGAUGCAGUGUUGGCUCUCGCGUGGAACAAGCAGCAUCGUAAUAUCUUGGCAUCAGCAUCUGCGGACACGACAGUGAAGCUCUGGGAUCUGACGACACAACAGUGCGCGCAUUCGUUCAGUCACCACACGGAUAAGGUCCAGGCUCUCGCCUGGAACCCAGUCGAGUCGACGGCCAUGGCAACUGGAUCGUACGACAAGACUGUCGUAGUCUUCGAUUCGAGAGCACCGGAUGCUCGUGCCACAUGGAAGCUGCAGGCAGAUGUCGAGUGUUUGCGCUGGGACCCCCAUGAUGCCCAGUGCUUCUACGUGUCAACGGACGACGGCAUGGUUCAGUACUUUGAUGCUCGUCAGAGUGGUGCUCAGCCCGUGUUCCGACUCCAUGCGCACGACAAGGCGGUCUCGGCCCUGGACAUCAACACGACUGUGCGGGGAUGCAUUGUGACGGGAUCAACAGACGGAUCGGUCAAGGUAUGGGAUGUGAACGAGAACCGACCGUCGAUGGUGACGAGCCGAAAUGUCAAGAGCGAUAUCGGACAGGUCUUUUCGGUUACGUUCUGUCCGGAUGCGCCCUUCAACCUCGCGAUGGCAGGAUCGGCAGGCAAAGUCAAUAUCUGGGACAUUGCCACAAACGCAGGAGUCAGGCGGGCCUUUGAGGGGCGCUCGACCAUUGUGGCCAACAGGAAUGCGGAGAAGGAGAAGGUCGUUGCCAUGCCCAGUGACGAUGAGCCCGAAUCGGAGGAGGAAAUGGACGGCGCGGAUAUUGACAUGGACGACGUUGCAGAGAGUGAUUUUGAGGAGGAGGAGAGUGGAGAGGACGUUUAA